AUGACGGUCGCAACCACUGUUCAAGGCCACUGCGACGACAAAUUCUCGCGAGUCAAGGAUUUACUGCAAAAGUACGUCGACUCAGGAGAUGAGCUCGGCGCAUCCAUUACCGUCAACGUGGACGGAAAAGACGUCGUCGACAUAUGGGGCGGAUACGCCGACCAGGACCGCACUCGCCCCUGGGCAAAAGACACCAUCACAAACACCUUUUCGACCACCAAGACCGUGGUUGCACUCGCUAUCCUGCUGCUCGUCGACAGGGGUGUUCUCAGCGUGAACGACAAGGUCGGCCAGUACUGGCAAGAGUUCGCUGCCAAUGGGAAGCAAGACAUCGAGGUCCGCCACAUCUUGUCGCACACGUCGGGCCUGCCGGGCUUCGACACCCCCAUUACAGUCCCGGAUAUCUGCGAUGCGCCCAGAAUGGCGGCUCUCCUCGCGGAGCAGGCGCCCUGGUGGGAACCCGGCACCGCAUCGGGUUACCACUCUUUCACGCAGGGGUACAUGCUGGGCGAACUCGUCCGUCGCGUCACAGGCAAAUCGCUCAAGCAGUUCAUUACAGAGGAGAUCGCGGCGCCACUCAACGCGGAUUUUCAAUUGGGAUGUCCUGAGCAAGACGAGACGCGAAGGUCCGAUGUGAUUCCCCCGCCUCCGAGGGGUGCCUCUCCUCCUGGCCUCGAUCCCGCGUCCAUCAGGAUGCGCGUCAUGACGAAUCCGGGCAUGAAGGCUGAUUUUGCGAACUCCGAGGCCUUUCGACGGGCGGAGAUCGGGGCCGGUAACGGACACAGCAACGCACGGGGCGUGGCGCGUGUCUUGUCGGUUCUUUCGCGAAAUGGUCAAGUCGGGGACGAAAGCAAGAACGAGAGAUUCAUAUCACCCGAGACCAUCGGGCUGAUCUUCCAGGAACAGUACAAGGGGUUGGAUCACGUCCUUGACACGGACGGGAGGCCGAUUCGGUGGGGGAUGGGAUUUGGACUGACGGGACCGGGCACGUGGAUUGAUUUCUUGCCGGAAGGGAGGGUAUGUACUUGGGGAGGAUAUGGUGGGAGCAUGGCGGUGGUGGAUCUAGAUCGGAAGCUGACGAUCGGGUAUGUGAUGAACAGGAUGGAGGACGUGGGGUUGGGGAGUCGCAAGGCGAGGGAUUAUAUCGCCGCGGUAUAUGAGGCGCUGAGUUAG